GUGUUUUCAUCUAUGGGGAAACUGCUGGUAAGGGCUAAAAUACAAGUCACCGAGAAAAUGUUCCUCGUAAUGUAUCCAAUGUAGGCCAAAUGUUACGCUCUUCGCUUCGGUCACCUUAAUACAAACGCGACGAAAGAAAUAAAGUGUCCUGGUGUACAGUGAUAAAGGAGAGAUAUCUGGGUUUAAGACCAGCUUUAAGGAAUGUUUUUUCUUGUGUGGAAGGCUUGCGGUAUGAGGGAACUGGUGACGGCGUGUGUCUGGAUGUUGCUGCUGCACCUGUCUCGGGGGAGGGUCAUCAUUAAGGAUCAAAAUGUGUUCCUGCCAGAGCAAUCAGCAAGCCAUUUCUUAUCACGCUCUCUUCUCUACAACUCCUGGGAUUUUGAGAUGGUGGUACAAGGCAACAUCGAAAGAGAGUGUAUUGAGGAGCUGUGCUCCUAUGAGGAAGCCCGGGAAGUGUUUGAAGAUGACACUCAAACGGCAGUAUUUUGGCAAGACUAUGUCAACAGUCAAGAGUCCGUUGUCAGGGUGGACGUACCAGGCCUGGUAGCUGGCCUCAUGGCCUUGGUACUGGUGGCUGUCAUUGCCACUGUGCUUGGUUGCUAUUUCUAUAAGAACCGAGGCAAGAGUGUGAGCAGAAGUGGCAAUGCACCUGUACAGCUCUCAGAUGCACGACCUCCUGAGUCCAUCCCACUAUCAGGGAACGCUGUUCCAGGGCUGCCCUCCUACUCGGAUGCUCUCAACCGCAGCGGGCAGUAUGAUGCACCCCCUCCACCAUACUCAGGGGGAGCACCGUCGGAGGCUCCAGGGUCUGAAGCGGGGGACUGAAAUCUGGACAUGGAACUUCAGAGGACAGGCGGAAAGAGGGGGCUUUAUGGCUUCUCUUGCAUUCAUAAUAACAUAAAAUACUGGCAAAAUAUACAUUUUCAGAGGAUAAUAGGCUUUCAUAGUUUUGAUUAAUGACCUGACCAUUGUAUUUCACUGUAGAUUAAUUUAUGAAUGUGGUGGGGGAAAAUGUGUUUUCCCAUACAUUAUAGAACAUGUAGAACAUUCAAUUUUUUAAAUAAAAUAUGUUUUUACAA